AUGAGAGAAAAUAGAGUGCCUAAGAAUUGUCCGUUGCAACCUGUAAAACAAAUUAAAAAAACAGUUAGAGGAACAUACGACUAUGCUCUGACUGACGACAAAAAAAUUGUAAUUACUCGCUGGAUGGACAAUUCAGUGGUAACAGUUGCGUCAACUGUGCAUGGAGUUCAACCUGUAACAAAUGCUCUACGUUACUCAUCCAAGGAGAAAAAGAAAAUCGGUAUUCCAAGACCAUACUGUAUUGGCAAAUAUAAUGAGUUUAUGGGCGGGACAGAUCAAAUGGAUGCAAAUAUUAACGUAUACAGAAUCGGAAUCCGAGGCAAAAAGUGGUGGUGGCCAAUUUUCACCUGGUUACUAGACUCUUGUAUAUAA